AUGUUGGUUGUUUCAUUUUGGUAUCAGAGCCUAGACGGUUUUAGGACUGUUAGAAUUGCUAGGCUUAGUAUCAUCCCCUUCAGCUACAAGAGAUUCCGCGCUAGAGGUGUGGCGCGAGAGGGCACGGAGCUUGAGGCCGUGGAGGUCGGGGCCGAGAUUGUGGACUUCCGGCGGAUUCGGGAGAGAGUGUGGUGCCGUAGUGUGGCGAUUGCGUCGGUGACCCAGUCGGUAUCCGUGGCGAGUGAGGCCAGUGUGGAUGCGAGGGUUGGUUUGGGAGCGGAGGCUGCUCCGGGUUGGGGUGGUGCUCUGGCUCAGGGUCUUGAUGACUUAGUGGUGGGUUUGCUGACGCAGUUAUUGGCUCGUUUUCCGCCAGUGGUUCCACAAGGGGCUCCGGGAGUACCUCCAGUGGCAGAGGUGCAGCAGAGGGCUGCGGGAUUUGUUCAGCCGUAG